AUGUCGUCGCCCGCGCGCGCGCGCACGCCCUUCUCGGACGCGGACAAAAGAUGGCUCGCGACGCACCAGCACGCGAAGAUGCUCGACCCGGGGGUGAUCGUCCUGGGCGUCGCGCACCGCCAGGGAGACGAGGACGACCACCCGCUGACGCGGCAUCUGAACCUCCCGACGGUGAUCGAGUGCUACCCGCUCCGCGUCGCGCACGACCCGUCCAAAGCCGCGAAAGGGUCCGGGUUCAGCGCCGCGAAGUGGGACAGCAAGUCGGGGGAGGCGCCGGUGCCGUGGCCGAACACGUUCUGGCUCGUGGAUCCGACGCUCGUCGCGAAGGUGCGUUCUAUCUUAUAUCUGAUACACUGGUCCCCAUACGACCCCGUUGGCGUGGUGAACGCCGAUCCUUAA